UGAUAAUAAGGAUGGGUUUAGAUACAUUCUGAAGAACAGAGCUUGCUUAUCCAAUGGCGGAUCUUCAUAUUUGAAAAUAAUUUUAAUAUUUGAAACUAUACCAAAUGAUGCUAGUGUAUAGACAGAUGGCAGAUAUAAGUUAAUAAAAUGGAUUCAGUUCUGAAUUGUGAAGGAAGGAAAUCAUGAAUUUGUGAUAUCUACUGAUCCGCAUCUUUAUCUAAGUGAUUCACUGGUCAUCAGUGCGUGAGCGUGUACAUCAAUGCAAUGUCUGCAUCUGAAAAAAUUCAAAGGAAUAAAAAGGCUGUGGGAUUUGAGGAUGGAAGCAAGGUUUCACCCCGUGAGGCUCGUAGUAGAUCAAGGGCCGCGGCCCGAGACCGUAGGGCCAAGUCUAUGGAUGUACGAUCUGGGGGCAAGGAUAAACAUAAGGAUGAAGUGCCAAGAAAACGGGACCGCAGUUUAAUAGGCCUAGUUCGGCAAGGAUCUCGAAAAUCUGUGACAAGCCUUGUAAAAUUGUUUGAAGCUGGCAAAAGUUUUUAUAUGACAGAAGGCAGAAAAUGUCAAAUACUGUUACCAGAUGAUCGUGCUUUAGAAUUCCUUAUACAGCCAAAACUGUUCACUCACGAACUUCUAGAUAUUGUUGCCUCGCACUUCAAACUUAAAGAGAAAGACUACUUUGGCUUGGCAUUCCAAGAUGAGACAGGCCACUGGAACUGGCUGCAGCAGGACAAGAAAGUGCUGGACCAUGACCUACCUCGCAAACAGAGCUCCAACUUAGUCAUAGCAUUCCUAGUCAAGUACUAUGUGGAGACAAUCACUCAACUUAGAGACACUGCCACCGUGGAACUGUUCUACCUCUGUGCAAAACAAUCUGUAUUCAAGGGCCAGAUAGAAUGUGAUAGUGAGACUGUAUUUGAGCUGGCGGCCCAUGUCCUACAGGCAUCACUGGGAGACUAUGUGGAUGACGAAACAACAAAGUCGGAUUUGAAGAAACUGCCUUUGCUGACAACAAGUGCCUUGAAGGAGCAUCUUUCUAUACAAUACUGUGAAGAACGUGUGAUACACUACUACAAGAAGAUAUCUGGCACUGCCAGAGGACUAGCGAUCGUCAAUUACAUGACAAUCGUUGAAAGCCUUCCUACAUACGGUAUCCAUUACUUCGAAGUUAAGGACAAGAAGGACAUUCCAUGGUGGCUGGGAAUUAGCAACAAGGGCAUCGGAGUGUACGACAAACAGGACAAGAAUGUGCCCCGCAGGUUGUUGGUGUGGAAGUCACUAGAAAACCUGUACUAUCGGGACCGCAAGUUCUCUAUCGAGGUUCACGACCCCAAACGUGUUAUUCACGCGUUGAGCAGUUUCAACUUGUACGAAGACGCCAUUCGUGAAACCCCGGAUGAGUCAGAUGAACUUUCUGCUGCCAUAUCUGACCCCACCACUCAGGUGUCAGUAAGUCGGCGUACAUUUGGUCCCGGUAACGUUAAUGUUCAUGCAUGGUUUGGCGCGACCCCCCAGCUCACAAAAUGCGUCUGGUCCAUGGCCGUGGCUCAGCACCAGUUCUACCAUGAGCGCAAGACAAGCAAGGCGACACUACCGACAGUAAGGAGUGCUAGCGAGCUAGCGACCGCUCUCUCCACAAGCACGUCAUCAUUGACCGGAUCCCUGGGCUCAGAUAUCAGCCGCAGUGGCAGCUCAGCCAGUCUCCCCAGUCUUGGGGCUUCCACAUUCAAUUUGAACUUUGACCCAGCGGACACAGCAAAGGUCCAGCGUGAAAUGUACCUCGCGCUGAAGGCUCGUAGAGAGCAGUUGGAGGAGGCGCUCAAGAAGAGAACUGAGGAGCUCAAGAUGCUCUGUAUAAAGGAAGGGGAGUUGACUGGUGUGUUACCAGCAGAGACACCGCUAGGGCCGGGGGAGGUGCCCCCUCAGAUACGGCGCCGUGUGGGCACAGCCUUCUCCCUAAGUACCUAUAUGGUUCCAGAUCAGAAUGAUCAGUCAGAGGACGAGACCAAGAAGCUGCAGCUUGAGCUGGAGUUACAGAAGCAGAUCACCAAUGCAGCCCACAAGCUGGCCUCGGACAAGUCUGUGAGUCGCUUUGUGAGGAAGCAGCGCAGACACUCCUUCAUGAAGGCCCAGAAUAAGUUGAAAGAUAUGGAGAGGAAACUGAGUGAGCAUCGUAAAGGCAGCAUUCCAGAGUCCCCUGCGUCGUCAGGAAAGUUUGAUGCUAAAAGUAUCAGGAGUGUAGAAAUGACAGACAGUGAUUCUGAUGUUAUCUCCCCGUCACAAUCACCUCUGGUGCCACGAGGUCCUCGUAGUAAUUUCAAACAGCACGAAGACCGGCCUGGUGUGUCAGAAUCUUCCACACAUCGUUCCAGUCCGGUGUCAAAGCAUGUAGAGAGGGAGAUAGUAUCAGUGACACUGCCAGUCCCUCAGCCUAGUUCUAACUCAGAUGAUCUGUACAAGGCCAAUGCUGUGUACAGCAACCAAUACAGGAACCACACCUACCCAACCAUAUCUGGAAGGUCUACUGCAGCUGGGAACCAAAGUGAUCAUGUAUCGAAGGGAACCAGACCAGGCCAACCUAUGGGCAGUCAGGAACAACUGGAAAUGGGGCUUGAAGGGUCACGGGACAGUGGGUUUAGCUCAACAAAUAACAUGUACAAUGUAAACUCAAGGAGGACCUCACGCUAUGAGAGUAAUCAGGAUCUGAUAUCACCUGGAGACGGACAUAGUGAGCCUGCGGACAGUGUGUUUGAUAGUAAGCUGCUAUAUCAAGCCAGGCAUGGCAGUUUGGACAACGCCUAUCAACAGUCACAGACUAAUUAUGGUAGCUUAGAGAGGCAUGGUAAGAAGAAGUCAAAUCGUGAAUAUGAACGAAAACUGAGUGAUACUGAUGCCAUAAGUGAGGCAUCAGCAGGGACUACUUCAGAGUCCCCAUUUGUGAAAAGAACUUCCAAAUCUGAGUUUGACCUCUCCUCCAAAGGUCGGGAACGGGAUCAUCCUAGUUCAAGUAGUUCAAAAGACACAGAAUUUCCAAUGGCCAGUCAAUCUAAUUAUUCUGUCAAUUCCAUAGGUAGUUCUAGGCCUGGAAGGUAUAAUUCUAGGGAUUCUCACUCCAGUCGGGCAGAUUCAACCUCUGCUCGGACUGAAUCCACCUCCAGUAGAUUAAAUUCCUCUUCAGGACAACGGUUGAUAGAACUGCCCGUUAAACAUGAAGCGGGGUCAGCCAAUCACCGGCCAGUUAGAAAUGCGGACUAUUAUUCCUCACAGUCGGGUUGGAGAGACACAUCUAGGCCCGAACCAUCUCCAAUAGUGCAAAGUCCCACAAGACCGACAAUAAAUGAGCAACCAGAGGCUGGUGAUUCACAGCCAGAAGGCCAGUGCUAUAGUCCUAGAAGUUUUGAAGGUCAUAGGGUACCUCAACAAAGUGGGAACCCUCAAGUUGAACAUUUUUUAAAUAUCCGCCUACCAGAUUCAGCGCAUGGGGUGCAAGCAAUAUCUAGUAAAAUUGUGAAAAUAUCACCUCAUGUGGAAGUGUCAAAGCCUUUUGAAAUGAAAGACUUCUAUAAGUAUAGUGAAAAGUUGCGGCGUCAGCGGCUUGUUGAACAGUAUCACCAAGCUCUGGUAGGGUCGCGACCUUCGUCACCCUCACAACUUUUGUCUGAAGGUGAAAAUCAUUCCUUAUCUCAUCAUUUCCAUCACGGCCAUCAGCACCCACCUGGGAACUCUCAUCCCGCCUAUCGAGGUCACCAUGGCAACUCAGUAUCCAACUCCCCAUUCGGGUCCCCCCUUUCAUCCCGUCACAUGGUCAGUAACUACCCAUACCCCACCCACUCACACUCAUACGACUCACUAGGCCAGCCAAAUAGCCACGGAGAUUCCGUAUUGUCGUCAUCGGUAUCCACGACGACGUAUGGCGUCAGCACCACCACAUCGCGUGUCCAGUACACUGUACAGACUCAGGGAGGCCGUGUUCUAUACAAAGCCCAGCACCAGUCCAGCAAGCAGACGCACUAUCAGCCGCCAUCGACGUACAAAUGUGAACCAGUCCGAUCAAAGGAGAUGCACAAAGGAAGCCAUGAGGCACCCGCUGCUACGGGUCAAAGAACCCCCCAGCGUCAGGUGCAUCAUCAGCGCCAGUACUCGACACCUGAGCGCUCAGUUGUCUCUCCUCUCAACAUGACGAUGAGCAGUUUCCACCUGUCGCCCGCGGGCAGUCUCUCCAAGGCCUUCAGCAAUGAGAUGUUGGAGUGGUACGACGGAGAGGGCAACCAGAGCCCCACCUCCGUGUAGUUGUUAGGCAAGAGUCUUCAGUAAGGCAUCAUCGUUUGUCCUGCCACUUUGCGCCGAGUAUCCACAAAUCUGACUUACCGGUACCCAUCAAAGAUCUGCUCCACACUUCAAUCAUGAAAUGUGAUGAACAUGGUUUUCACUUCAUCUUUCACCAAGGACAUUUUUUGUGCAAUUUUGACACACAACAUAUUUCAUUACAUUCUUGAUAUGUCUGAUACACAACAUAUUUCAUUACAUAGUUGUUAUGUUUGAUUCAAUGACAGUUUCUAUAUUAAUUCUGCUGUAAAAAAUGUACACAUUAAAUUGUUGAGAGUUAAGGACAUUUCUCUCAAUUGCAAGAGAACUUUUAUGCAUUGCCCUACAUGUUGCUCAUUUAUUCAUGAAGAUUCAAUACUAGUAAAUGUUAUAUGUAAUGGAUAUAGUUUUAUUAUAAGCAAAUACUUUAUUUUAUUUCUCAUGUAGCUCCCCAGUAUUAUACAUUUUAAUUCCCACAAUAUAUUUUUAUAUUUAGGUUUGACUUGACAAGGACAAAAUCUGUGAUAUUUGAGGAAUAUUUUAUCAAGGUUUUACUUCUGUAUAUUGCGUUACAUAUACCAUAAUGUAUAAUCUUUUAUUAGAACAACUAAUCAUAAAGCAUUAGAAGUCUCAAAUGUCAAGCAUCAGGAAAUGCUUUCAUGUGAGAGCUAUUCUCCAUAAAAGAAUAUGUGCAUUAUGAAAUGUUGAUAAGGAUGCACAUUUUAUUUAUUUAUAACAACGACAUGGGCAGAUAUUGCUUAAACUGCCACUAUUACGAGUUAAAGCUUUUCACCAAUGUUGUUGUGAAUUAGUUACAGGAAAACAUGGUUGAUCAUAUAAACUGUAUACAGAUACAUAAUAUUUCAAACAUCAUUGUAUUUUACAUUGCCCAUUUGAUCACCAUUUUAUUUUCGUAAAGGUGAUGAAAUGUACAAUACUGAUCCUUUAUGCAUGGAACAGAAGUCAUAACAUGUCAAAAGUAAACUGCAUUUCUUUUAUUUAUAAUUUACACUGAAAUUCUGUUUUCGAUUGUUUUUAUAAGCUUCAAAUGCUGACCAUUAUUCUUUGAAUUAGGCAAUUGAUGCAGAAUCCUAGUAUAUGACAAAAUGUUAGAGAAUUUGAACAUGUUCUUAGGUAUUGUUGAAGAAGUAAAACAUACACAUUAGUGACAUUACUGAUUACACAGUAAAUUUUCUCUGAGGGGUGUUGCAAUUUUUGGGUAGUGUUGGUUAAGUUAGCCCAUACAAUAGAGAUGAAACAGAUUAAACAUUGUUCAAAAUGUGCUAAGCAUUAGUAAUACAUGUAUUUGUAUUUGGCAAGUUUUUUAUCAGUAAAAUGUUUCCAUAUUGAUUUAUGUAUGUUUCUUAACAUUUGACGAAACAGUUAACUCUGAAAGCGUUUGCAUUCUUUGAUCAAAGCCUUCAUCCUUAUUAUUUCGUUUUCUUGGAUGAAUGUGAAACUUGAAUGCAAACACAAUGACUACAUAUGAUUUUCUCUAAUGGAUGUUUUUUCAAUGAUACAUGGAAAAUAAUCCAUAAUUGUUACCCCAAAAUAUAUGUUAUUAAACCUAAAAUAGUGAACAUUUUUAACAGUAUAUAUUUUUUCAUAAAUUAAACUAAACUGUCUUAUCUGUUUAUGGUUUUCAAGUAAUUAGUUACAAAAUAAUAAUAUACAAUCAUGUCUUAAAAAGCAUUCGUUCUAUCAUUAUUUUCAUGUUAUUGUUUGUUGCAAGGUGGGUGACAACAUCAAUUUAUGUUGUUGAUUUUACCACUUAAUAUUAAAUUCUGUAAUUUGUACAUUAUGUUCAAAUUGAUAUUACUGCUUUGACAAUUAAAUGAAUAAAAAUUUAGAAAUAUUU